AUGUCUGCCGUUCUAAUUACUGGUGCGACGGGAAAGCAGGGAGGCUCCCUUAUCAAAACUUUAGUUUCCCGGAAAUCUCCUUUGGAGAUCCUGGCCGUCACUCGCAAUCCUCAGUCUGCCUCUGCACAGAAAUUGGCCAAAUUGUCAUCAAAUAUCAAAUUGGUAGAAGGCAACUUGGAUGAUCCCGCAACUCUUUUCCAGAAUGCGCGCAAAGCGACACAAUCAGCUAUCUGGGGUGUCUUCAGUGUUCAGCUAGCGAUCGGAAAUACUACAUCGGAGGAUGCGCAAGGCAAAGCGCUUGUUGAUGAAGCGAUAAAGCAAAAAGUUCAGUUCUUUGUGUAUAGCUCUGUUGAUCGAGGCGGCGAUGCCUCUUAUACCUCUCCGACCGAGAUCCCGCACUUUAUCAACAAGCACAAGAUCGAGCACCAUCUCGUUGAAAAGAGCAAAGACACCGACAUGAAGUGGUUCAUCCUACGACCUGUCGCUUUCUACGAGAAUCUUGUACCCGGAUUCAUGGGCAAGGUCUUCGCAACAACUUACAAGAUGGCACUGAAGGGCAAGCCCUUGCAGAUGAUCGCGACCGAUGAUAUCGGAUUCUUUGGAGCUGAGGCCUUCACCCACCCGGAGCAGUACCAGAACAAGAGCCUUUCCCUUGCGGGCGAUGAAUUGACUUACGAUCAGUUCGCGCAAAUCUUCCACCAGAAGACGGGCCAGCCGAUUCCAACCACAUAUCGAUUCCUUUGCUCUAUCUUGUUGUGGGCGAUCAAGGAUAUGGGAUACAUGUUCAAAUGGUUCCAUGAUGUCGGCUACAAGGCAGAUAUUGCCGAGUUGAAGAAGAUCAACCCAGAGUUGAAGGACUUCGCAACAUGGCUCGAAAAGGACAGUGAGUUUGCAAAGCAGUGA